GAUUGCUUUCUUCCUUUCGGAGGUGCGGUUUCCAGAUGGUCAAAAGCAGGCAGACUCCAGCCUACACACACCAACGCAGCUGUACUUUUUAAGUGGUGCCUUUCUCAGUCUCUCCAGCUCUCAACUUUGCCAAAUAUGAUUCAUUUCUACAACAAGCCUUUUCCAACUAAAUCUACACACCUCAGAUUUGCUUAUUGUUAAGAAAUGUCACCCACUGGAAAAGCAUAAGAGGAUGCAGCUGUUUUUCCAGAGGAGCGUCUGAGAAGAUCUUAAGGAUAGCAUCCCUUAGAAGCUGGUCUGAGAGACCAUGUAGGCUGUCACUUUUAGAAAGAACCAAGGCUUUUUUUCAAUGCAUCAUUUCUGUCCUGUUCAGGAUGUCUAUCAUGUUUGGGAAAGCAAAGACGUGCAGCAUUGUUCCCGAACACGAACCUGCAGAGUGCAAUAUUGUAGUUCUGGGAUCGAUGGGCUCAGGCAAAUCAGCUCUCACUGUGAAGUUCCUCACGAAGCGUUUUAUUAGCGAAUACGACCCAAACCUUGAGAUAAAUCGAGCUGUUGAAUUGAAAACAACUGCCCCAGUGUAAUUCAGAGAAUUUUGGAAGAUGAAAAAAUAUCCAAUACUUCAAAGCUCAUAUGCAAACCUUUCAAAGCGAGAAGACACUUAUUCCUCAGAGGAAAUAGUGGACCAGCAACCAGUUCUGGUCAAAGUAAUGGACACAGCAGACCAGGAUGGUCCAGUGAACUGUGAUCGCUACUUGGCCUGGGCCAGUGCAUUUCUCAUCGUCUACAGCAUUGAUAGCAGGCUCAGUUUCGAAGUAUGUCAACAGUAUGUGGAAGCCGUGACACUGUACACCAAAGGCCUGCAGCCUGAAGCUCCCAUCAUUUUAGUAGGCAACAAAGUGGACAUGGAGAGAUACAGACAAGUGAAUAAGGCGGAUGGUGCGACCUUGGCUGCCCGUUUCGGCUGCUUGUUUUUUGAGGUGUCAGCCUGCUUGGACUUUGUGUCUGUGCAAAACGUAUUUUACGAAGCUGUCCGGGAGGUGAGGCGUGAGGCAGAGAGGAGUCUUUCACCCCGGCCUCUUUACAUCACUGAAGACAAAGCACCAAUCAGCCUCUCCUCUGCCUCUCUUCUCUCACCUUGCUAUAAGGAGCUGCCCACUCCGGCCACAGCCAAGCUAGUAACUGUGAAGUCCUCGAGGGCCCAGAGCAAGCGCAGAGCACCUACACUCACCCUCCUCAAAGGCUUCAAGAUCUUUUGACUCUACACUGCUCCCUUAUGGUGCAAGGAGAUACACUUAGUUUUACACUCCCUAUCUCACCCAGAAUGUUUUUAGUAAUACAAACCCAAAUGCCCAUGUACUAACUUUUAAAUAAAAUUUCCUCCCACACCCAGCCCCCCACCCCACAAUAGCCAGGCUAUUUCUACUCAUUCGUGGUUAGUAUAAUAUUUGAACAUUUAUGCAUUAGCUUAUUGUUAAUGUCAGUCUCAGUUCUGGAUUAUUCCUCUAUGCACAGUUUAUUGUUUCCACUGGUGCAUUUCACCAGAUUUAACCAGUUUUACCCGACUCACCCCAAGCUAGAUUGAACUCGUUUAAACGAGUAACCCUAAUCCCUGUUCAUUGCCUUAUUUCACCACUAACUUAAUCAACCUAUUAGCAUGUAUAGUAGCUAGGGUUUUUACUUACAGUGAUUUUGUAUGUUUGCCCACUGACAAAGAGAUUAUCAGUCUAUAAUGUUAAUGGUAGGUUUAUUUUAACAGUGAGAGACAAAAAAAUCCUUUCAAAAAAGUUAUACAUUGAUUUGCAUUAUAAUUAAUAAAAUAGUUAUUUUACCUCUUCACAAAACAUGACUUAGUACUUGGCGGCAAAACUCUUGUUGGCAAUCACAGAGGUAAGACUUUUCUUGUAGUUGGCUAGCAGGUUUGCACACCUGCUAGAUUUUGUCCCACACCUCAUUGCAGAUUGGUUUGAGGUUGUUUGGCGACUAAAACCUUCAGCUCCCUCCACAGAUUUUCUAUGGGAUUAAGGUCUAAGGCUCCAUCGUCACUUUGAUGUGUUGAAGUUGUCCUGUCCCCUUAGCAGAAAAAACACCCCAAAGCAUAAUGUUUCCACCUCCAUGUUUGACAGUGGCGAUGGUGUUCUUGGUGUCAUAGGCAGCAUUUCUCCUCCUCCAAACAUGGAGAGUUGAGCUGAUGCCAAUGAGCUUGGUUUUGGUCUCAUGUGACAACAACACUUUCAAACAUUUCUCCUCUAAAUCAUUGAGAUGUUCACUGGCAAACUUCAGAUGGGCCUGUACAUGUGCUUUCUUAAGCAGGGGGACCUUGCGGGCACUGCAGGAUUUUAGUUCUUCAUGGCAUAGUGUGUUACCCCAUUUACAUUUACAGCAUUUUACCAAUUGUUUUCUUGGUGAAUAUGAUCCCAGCUGCCUUGAGAUCAUUGACCAGAUCGUCCCGUGUAAUUCUGGGCUGAUUCCUCACCCUUCUCAAAAUCAUUGAAACCCACAAGAUGAGAUCUUGCAUGGAGCCCCAGAUUGAGGGAGAUUGAGUUAUUUUGUGUUUCUUCCAUUUGCAAAUAAUCAAACCAACUGUUGUCACCUUCUUACCAAGCUACUUAGCGAUGAUCUUGAAGCACAUUCCAGCCUUGUGUAGGUCUACAGUCUUGUGUACAGGUGUCUUAUGUACAGGUAACAAGCUAACAAAAGAUUGCUCCUGAUACUUAUUUCACUCAAUAAAAUCAUAUUUAUAACUUU